AUGGAUCGUUUCGAGGAUUUGGCAAGACAGCAAAGAGAAACGGGCGGCAAUAUCGAAUCAAUUGUCCGAAACUUUAAAAAGGACCCGCAAUCCAGGAAGCAGUCAAUCAGCUAUUACGAAGAGCGAUUGAGAAGACUGGACAGCGAGUGGUCGAAGUUUGAAACAACUGACAACAAACUUCGACUGCUUGAAAACCCCCAGCUGGAUCACGACUACUUUACAAAGGACUACUAUAACAAUAUAAUGGAAAUUGUAAAUCAGUACAAGGAGAUUUUCGAGUCCGCAGUGCUCCAAUUGGCUCAAACCCCGACGAGAGAAUUGCGCUUAACAACUGAUGAAGGAAGUACGUACCAACAUGAUGCUUCAGCUUCAAAAGUCAACACAGAAGCACGGCAUGAUACUGGAACCAAACAGGCAGCUUCCAACGAGUACACUAAACUAGUUCGCAGACAAGGGGUAAUGAUGGCCUCGUUGCGACGGUUACUGAACGACAACGUUUCACCACAAUGUGUUCCAACAAUUAAUAAACUGUGGGAAAAUAUAGAAGACAUUCACUUCAGGAUAUAUGAGAUGUUCGACAACCCAACCGAGCAGGGCUACAAGGUCGAUAACUUCAUUUCACUUGAGGAAAAGGUAUGGAGUACUUUGCAAGCAGCUAAUAGUGACUCCCAUACUGAGCAAUCUUCAAACCAACUUCCGAUUAAACUGCAAUCCAUUUCAUUGCCGAAGAUAAUAAUUCCAAAAUUCGAUGGCACCUAUUUAAAAUGGCAAGAAUUUCAUGACCUAUUCUCGCAACUGGUAAUAAAUCAACCUCUUUCAAAAGUUCAGAAAAUGUGGUACUUGAAAACUCACUUAGUGGGGGAGGCUGGAAAUUUAAUUAAACAUUUCGCAUCAACAGGAGAGAAUUUUGAUGCAGCUUGGUUCAUGCUUCUGGAGCGUUACAACAACAAACGCUUGCUAGUGAGCAAGUUAAUACAUGAGCUAACUACUACACCUGGAAGCAAAUCAAUGGACAAUGUCAAAAAACUGCAUGACACAACACAAGAAUGUCUAUUAGCAUUGCAAAAUUUGCAGAUAGACACAUCAACAUGGGAUCCACUUCUGCUCCCCCUUCUACUAAAGAAACUGGAUCAACCGACUCGUUUGCGGUACGAACAAUCAUUAUCAAAGCCACGGGAGGUACAAACACUCAAGGAAUUCCUGCAAUUUCUGGAGAAACACUUUCAAUCCAUGGAAGCGAUGGGUGUCAAAGACAAAUCUACAAGCUCAACUGCAAAGGUGUGCACUUCAGUCACAUCCAAAGGUCAUAGAAAUGACACUUGCAGCAUGUGCAAAAAAGGAAAACAUCCAUUAUUUUCUUGCAAGGAAUUUUUACAACAGUCUCCAUCGGCACGCUUUCAGUUCAUACAAGGGCAGAAAUAUUGCCACAAUUGCCUAAAACCGGGACAUGGUUCUAAAAAUUGUAUAUUAAGAAACUGUCUGAAAUGCAACAAAAAACACAACACGCUGUUACAUUUCGAGGAUUCAAAAAGGGAUGUGAGCAAAGACAUUACAUCAGUAGCCACUCCAACACAAGGCAACGAAUUGCAAAGUACUACACCAUCCAGGACCAAAUCAACGUCAUCAAAAGACGAAGCAGCGUCACUUACCACCCCAAAGCACACAAAGUCAAACACAUAUGUACUACUCAGCACUGCCAUGGUGAAAGUUAGAGGAAUCGGAACAGAAGUGCAGUGUCGGGCAAUUCUCAAUUCAGGCUCACAAGUUAAUUUUGUGACUGAACGAUUGGUUAAACGUCUUGGUAUCUCAACUAAACCAUCAUCAAUCUCCAUUAGUGGCAUCGGGUCAAGGAGCACUAAGAUACAGCAUCGAGUCAAUGUGACGCUACAGUCUCGGAUCAACAACUUUACAACGUGGCUAGAGGCAGCGAUAUUGCCUCAGAUUAUAUCCCCGCAGCCGUCGCAAGAAAUCAAGAUCGACGAAUGGCAAAUUCCUGAGAACAUCAUGUUAGCCGAUCCAUCAUUCAAUCGCCCUGACAAAAUUGAUAUAUGGUUGGGGGCGGAAUCCUACAAUCAACUGAUGGCAGCAGGGCAAAUCAAACUGUCAGAUACAGUGCUGGGAUGGAUCAUCGCGGGAAAAGUUGGUGGCAACUACAUCUCAAAUGCAAUAUGUGGAAUCUGUACCAACGAUGACAUCAACUUAGAUGCAGCCAUUGCUCGAUUAUGGGAACUUGAGGAUGUUGCAACUGUAAGAAAACAACAUUCCGUAGCAGAAAAACAGUGCGAAGCUCAUUUCGCACAACAUAUACUCAUCAAUGAAAAUGGGAGAUUCAUGGUAAGGCUACCAUUUCAUGAAAAUCCGGAGGCCUUAGGGGAAUCCUAUGGGAUGGCGUAUAAUCGAUUCCUGGCCUUAGAACGUCGACUGGCAAAAUCGCUCCAGACAAAGAAUCAAUAUGUACAAUUUAUGGAGGAAUAUGAGAACUUGGGGCACAUGACGCAAGUGGAUAUUGAUUCCAUCAGUAAACCUAGGUACUUCAUUCCUCACCAUUGCAUUGUGAGACCCGAAAACCGCAAUACAAAAUUACGUGUGGUGUUCGACGCAUCAGCAAAAUCGUCCACUGGCAUGUCUUUGAACGACCUCAUGUAUACCGGACCCACUGUUCAGAGCGAGCUUUUCACCAUUUUACUUCGCUUCCGUUUGCCCAGGUUCGUCUUCACCACAGAUGUAGAAAAAAUGUAUCGACAGAUGCUCAUUCAACCGGACGAACGCAAAUUCCAACUUAUCAUCUGGCGAAAGGAUUCAAGCCUACCAAUAAAGCAUUAUCAGCUAAAUACAAUCACAUAUGGGACAAGAUCUGCUCCAUAUUUAGCCACCAAAUGUUUGCAGAAAAUUGCAAAAGAAAAUACUUAA